AUUCUGCUCUCCGACAGCAAUCUUCCCACUGGCUUUUUUGUCGCCUCCUCCGGUUCUGAAUCAUCAUGGAUUCAGUGGAACAACACAUCAAAUCAUCAGCCUGCUCUUCCGUUUGUCUCCGAUGCUCAUCGGGUGGUUCAGGGAGCAACGAUCAGAGAGCUUCAGAGAGGAUGGUAUUUUCGGAGGAUUCAAGAAUUGGAUGAGCUCUACAAUGUAAUGCCAUUGAAACAUGUAACGAAGCGCGCUUCAAAGUUCCAGGGUGUCGCUCUGCUCACCUUGUACACCAAAGGUUCCUCAAUCCCUCUUCAUCGACAUCGACGGACAAGACCCUCGUGCGCCCGGACAUUUCAAAUAUCAAUUUGUCGGCCAAUCUUAACCGGCGCUUUAGGGUUAACUUUAGAACGAUCCCAAUAUCUUCAUAUAUUCCUCCAUGCCUGUUUUCUUCUGUCCGCUAUCGUACGCUUGAACGAAAUUGGACCGUACAAUGCUCAACAAAUACUAUUACACGUUUCGCUAGGGAUUAUCAAUGCUGAGAUGGAUAGGUGUGAAGAUUUGCGUUCAUCAAUACACUUGAACCUCGACUCAAAUAGAUCCAAAAAUUCGGGAUAUUUCUACAAUGGACCUACAAAUAAAUGGCCUCUAGGCGAAACUCUUGGUGCAAGGCAUGACUUAAAACCCUCGGGAAUCUUCAAUUCAUGGUGUUCGACAGUCUCUAGUGUAUCCUCGUUCUCUUGCCUUUUUCUGGCUUCCACACAGUGUCACCCCGAAUUUGCUGAUCACGACUUAUCUUGCAACUUGACGUUGGUUUCUACCUUCCUUUCUCUCCCUGAACUGCAUUUAGGCCUGAGGGCGCUACUGGGGCGCUAG